CAGACCGGCUUCAGGCCACACGGUGAUUAAGGUUGUGGUACUUGGAGCGCUCCGCCGACUCUGCACUGUCCAGGAGGUUUGGGGGACCCAAGACUAAUGCAAGUGAGGACGGUGCUCUCAGCUGCCCGCUUCGGGCUGUGGCUCAGUACACGUCGGCGCACUGCAAUCCCUGUCUCCUAGCUUUAGUUUCCUCUGUUGGCUCCUAGGCUGCGGUUGAGACCUUUAGGGCCGUGCAGAAGCCACGUACUCUCCAUCACCCAGCCGCAGUCCUCUGGGCGUACAACGCCCUUGACUGAUCGGGAAACUGAGGCCCCGGCGGGCUGCGCAAGGCCUUGGGCGGGCAUGGGCAAUGCCCCCGUCUCCCGCCCGCCGUGCCCCGCCCCCACUACAGAUUCCAGUGGCGGCAACCUGGCCGCUGACAGAACCAGCGCGGGGCCUAAUGGCCUUUGAGGAUGUGGCUGUGUACUUCUCCCGGGAGGAGUGGAUGUUCCUGGAUGCAGCUCAGAGGGCCCUGUACCGCCAUGUAAUGCUGGAAAACUUCGCACUUGUAGACUCCAUUGGUAAAGCCCUGAGUCCUUCAUUGGAAGCAAAGCUGGGACCAGGACUCUCUGUCCCCCGGCCUCGUGUGAUCAUCCAGCUCCAGCGUGGUGAGGAACCCUGGGUUCCCAAUAGGACAAAUACAAAUCCAGGCAGGCGCACCCACAGGAGAUCCAGCAUUGGAUUCAAUUACAAUGCAAGGGACCAACAUGUAUCUGGAGAUGGAGCACCCCCAGGGGUUACCUAUGACAGGCCUGAUGGGAUACCUACUAGUGUCCUUCCCCUUGCUGAUGCCUGCCCUGAUGCAAAAAUCCCGGAGGGACACCAGAGGGCCUCCCCAUCCCUGCAGAAAAAACCCACAGGGGUAUCAGUGAUCUACUGGGAGCAGCUACUGCUAGAUUCCAGCAGCAGUGAGGCAACCAUUAGCCUGCGAUUGACCUCCCCAGUAGGGGUUCCUGAAAAUGGUUUGUCCAGAGUGAAGGCUUUCUCAGACUUCCUGGUCCCAGGGAAGCAGCUACAGGUAGCAGGGCAGCAAAAGCCAGAAAUGCAGCUAACCUCUGAGAGAACUUUCCAAAGUAUCCCUGACCUCCACGGGGCUGAGGAGGGACAUGAAAUGAGUGGGACUUGGCAUGAGUCUCAGAGAGAUCACAAUGUUCCAGAGCCCCCAAUAUGGGAUGAGCUGGGCGAGGCCCUCCAGGCCAGCCCAGGUCUUCUCUCAGGGGACAAACCUUUCGAAUGUAGGGCAUGUAACAAAGUGUUUGUGAAGAGCUCAGACCUCCUCAAGCACCUGCGCACCCACACAGGGGAGCGGCCAUAUGAGUGCGCCCAGUGUGGCAAGGCCUUCAGCCAAACAUCACACCUGACUCAGCACCAGCGCAUCCACAGCGGGGAGACACCCUAUGCAUGCAUGGUGUGCAGCAAGGCCUUCCGACACAGCUCCUCACUGGUGCGGCAUCAGCGCAUCCACACGGCUGAGAAGUCAUUCCACUGCAGUGAGUGUGGCAAGGCUUUCAGCCAUGGCUCCAACCUCAGCCAGCACCGCAAGAUCCAUGCAGGAGGGCGGCCCUAUGCCUGCGCACAGUGUGGCCGCCGCUUCUGCCGCAACUCCCAUCUCAUCCAGCACGAGCGCACACACACUGGCGAGAAGCCCUAUGCCUGCUCCCUCUGCGGCGCAGCCUUCAGUCAGGGCUCCUCGCUCUUCAAGCACCAGCGUGUGCACACUGGAGAGAAGCCUUUCUCAUGCCCACAGUGUGGCCGUGCCUUCAGCCACAGCUCCAACCUCACACAGCAUCAGCUGCUGCACACUGGCGAACGGCCCUUCCGCUGCGGAGAUUGCGGCAAGGCCUUUGCCAAGGGUGCAGUGUUGCUCAGUCACCGGCGCAUCCACACGGGUGAGAAGCCCUUUGUAUGUACGCAGUGUGGCCGCGCCUUCCGUGAGCGCCCUGCCCUCUUCCACCACCAGAGAAUCCACACAGGAGAAAAGGCCCUGCGGAGGCCAAGGGGCAGCACACACUCUCAGGCCAGGUCUCUGGCGGCAUCCUUGGAUAGUGCACAUCCCAAGGCCACUUCCACCUAGGCCCAGCAGUAGUCCCAAAGCUGGCUGAGGCCUGAGGUCUCUGCUGUGUCAUCCCCUGCUCUCUCUGAAUCCCUUUCACUCACUGUUGAAGAGCCUGUAUCCUCGGCAAAUCUACUAAGAAGCCAAGUUAUGUAAGCCAAGUAUGAGGAAGACUUGCCAGUUGGUCUGCUGUUCAGGCACAACUCACACCCACACCCUGAAAGCAGCUAUCUUAAGAGAGGCACCCAGAGUAAGCAUGUAUGCCCUCAGACUGGUAGAGCAGGCAGGGGCUGCCCCCAGAAUCAGUGGGUGACCCACAGACUUUUAUCUUCAUGUUGAUGUCACUUCAGUAUCUGCUGACUGUGGUGAGGAAAAGAGCAGGCAGUGGGUAUAGAUUCAGCCUGCUCUCAAACAAGCAACUGGAGAUAAUACUCCCAAACAUUCAGUUUCCUUGGUGCAAGCCUCAGGCAAAGAAAUGAUUUGUUUCUGAAUCUCAGCUUUCUCCUCUAGAAAAUGAAGAAGGAAGGAGAUUUGGGCCAGUGGAGCGUGGUAGACACACGCCUAUAAACCCAGUACAUGGGAGGCAGAGUCCAGUGUGUCUGUGAGUUUAAGGCCAGCCUGGUCUACAUAGUAAGUUCCAGGCCCCACGAGAGCUAAAUAGCAAGACUAUGUAUUUAAAAAAAAAAAAAAAAAAGUAAAUGCUCUAAUAGUACCCAAAUAAAGUCUAUGUAGACUCAUUGCUAGCCAUGGGCUAGAUGCUACAGAAUAAGCAGCUUGUAGGUCUCGUAUUUGGUGUCUCUGCAGAACCAGGACUCAACUCAGAUGGACUUCUCCAGUCUCCACCCACAAUCGCUUUUCUCUAGUCUACCAAGCUUGAAGGGCUGGCAUAACCCACCAGUAGGAAAUGGAGGCUUGGAGGAAAGAUGUGGCUUUCAGCACUGAAAGACAACUCAAGAAUGCUGGCUCCUCAUCAAUACUCAUUGUUAUGCCCACCCAAGCCUGUCAUCAGCCAUUACCAAAGCCCAUUAUAUGAGCCUUUAAGUCUGAAGUGCUAAUGUUAACUCUAGAAGGUAUGAGAUGGAGCUGCUUAUUUUUGCUGGGCUUGGUAUCAUGCCCCCACCCCCAACACACACACACACACACACACACACACACACCUUGGUUGCAAGGUAAAGAACUGAGCAGGGAGGACUUGACAUUUCCUAUAACUUUUGAGACUACUCUUCAAGGUAUAAUGACUGAAUGGUGAGGGCAGAUGGGUGAGUGGGGUUCAGUUUGCUUAUUUGCCUUCAGUAGGCCAGAUCCCAUUUAGACCUGAGGCCACACCAACAGGGAAAUGAAUGCCAGCAUUUAAAAUUUAAAACACGGGGCCUGGAGAAAUGGCUCAGAAGUUAAGAACACUCACUGUUCUUCUAAAGGCCUUGAGUUCAAUUCCCAACAACCACAUGGUGGCUCAUAACAAUCUAUAGUAAGAUCUGGUGUGGGGGCAGAAUGUUGUAUAAAUAAUAAAUAAAUCUUUUAAAAAAAA